CCCUUUUUUCUGAAUUUCCAACACCAGUUAGAUAGGUCCAGCUUGAUGUUCCUCUUGAUAAUAGAGUUGAGUGGUUUCUGCAGUGAUUAUAGGCUUCCUUAAUGGAGAUGGGGACGACCUCUAUUUCAUCUUCAUCUUCUUGGGGUGAUUGGCACAAUUUGUGGGAUUUGAUUAAAAUUGGAUCUGCUGAAAUUCACCUAGACAGCGCUGUCCUAUGCUGGACAUCGCUGUUCUAGGCUUGAUUUUAAAAAUUGGGAAGCAACGGUCAUGCCAACAGCGAUGUCCAAAAACCCCUACAUCGCUGUUUUGGCUGUUGACUUCCAAACAAGGAAAGUUUUAGCCUUAAAUUUCUUCCAACGGCCAGGUCUCUACAUCGAUGUUCCAUACUAGAACAUCGCUGUUUAGGUUUGCCUUUGAAGAUGGAAGUUUUGGCCUGACAGCGCUGUUGCUGGGUCAACAUCGCUGUCCAAAAACUUUCUGCCAAUGCACUAUAUUUUUGGCUUAGGUUGGACAGCGCUGUAGGGGAGCCUACAUCGCUG